AUGGCUGACCUUCCGUCUUAUCGCCUCCAGGAAGCAAAGGCCUUCCUUUUUACAGGAAUCGAUCACGCAGGUCCGAUUCGCAUAACCCUCACUCGCAGACGUGGAUAUCAGUCACAGAAAGCGUAUAUAUGUUUAUUCGUGUGCUUAGUGACAAAGGCAAUACACAUAGAGCUCGCGUCAGAUUUAACAUCAGAUAACAUGAUAUCCUGUUUAAAUAGAUUCUUGAGUAGACGCGGUCCAGUAAAUACCAUCUGGACUGACAUGUCCGGGACGUUUAUUGGAGCAAAGGCUCAAUUAGAUGAAAUAUAUUCUCUUUUACUUAGCUCAGACUAUAAAAAUAAAUUUGGUCUAGAACUACAAAAAAAACGAAUAGAAUGGAAAACCAUUCCGCCGCGUUCUCCACAUUUCGGUGGAAUAUGGGAAUCAAAUAUAAAAUGCGUAAAAGCUCACCUUUAUAGAGUCAUUGGCAAGCAACUCCUUACUUAUGAGGAAUUAUUUACUGUACUCACACAAAUUGAGUGCAUCCUCAACUCGCGCCCGCUAGGUUUAACGACAUCUGAUCACCAGCCCGAUAUUAUUACACCAGCGCAUUUUCUAAUGACCACGCCUUUAGAAUACUUUCCAACGACAACCUUUAACCCUGAAAGGCCUAAUUUAAAGAAUCGAAAACAGUUACUCGAUAGCCUCGUUAUGUCAUAUUGGAAGAAAUGGCGUUUGGAUUAUCUGCACACUUUGCAAGUCAAAGGCAAAUGGUGUACACCGGACAAUCCAAUCACCGUAGGUAUGGUUGUGUUAGUUGAAUUUGAUGAUGUACCACCUUUGCAGUGGCCUCUUGGUUUGAUAACCAAAACGUUCCCUGGAAAGGAUGGUGUAGUACGGGUCGCUUUAGUUAACACUAAAAUGGGUGAAUAUAAACGCCCAGUUGUAAAACUCUAUCCACUUCCCACGCAAUAA